UUGACGAGAUUUAGUUUAUUGAGUUACAUUGAUGUUCGUUAUCAUUAAGAUAUAGAGUAUUGGACUCAAAAAACAAAAUCGGGAUUGGUCACGAUGUCGUAUCUAUUCCCGAACCAACAUGUCCUCUAUCAAUCUUUCGGCUCACCAUUGAGCCCACGAGCCAACUCCAUCCCGGCUACCAAAGCCACUCCGUUACAGGCCCGCCCGGAACUGUACGGCGCGUACUCCGUCGUCGACGAUGCGAAGAACAAAGCUCAGAAGCUAAGCUCUGAGGCGCAACAAGAGUUCGACAAGGCUUCAGGUGGAUCCGGUAAAACGAUGGAACUAUAUACUCCUACUUUCUACGCCGCUGCCACUGUGGGUGGUCUUCUCGCAUGUGGUGUAACCCACACUGCUAUGACCCCUCUAGAUCUUGUCAAAUGCCGCCGUCAAGUAGACGCAAAGCUAUACAAAGGCAAUUUCCAGGCCUGGAGUACCAUCCUACGACAAGAAGGUGUCUCAGGUGUCUUCACUGGUUGGUCCCCGACACUAUUGGGAUACUCGAUUCAGGGCGCAUUCAAAUACGGCUGGUAUGAAUACUUCAAAAAGAAGUACUCCGAUCUCGCGGGCCCGGAGAACGCAUACAAAUACAAGACAGUCCUCUACCUAACCGCAUCCGCCUCCGCCGAGUUCCUCGCCGAUAUUGCGUUAUGUCCGCUCGAGGCCAUCAAGGUCCGCAUGCAGACGACCAUCCCACCGCCGUAUACCGGCACCAUCGACGGUUUCCGCAAGAUCACAGCUGCGGAAGGCUUCGGUGGUCUAUACAAGGGUCUGUACCCACUAUGGGGUCGUCAAAUCCCGUACACCAUGAUGAAAUUCGCGUCUUUCGAGACCAUCGUUGAGAAGAUCUACGACACGCUACCGGGCCAGAAGAGUGAUUACGGCAAACUCGCUCAGACCGGUGUCUCGUUCACUGGUGGUUAUCUAGCUGGUAUCCUCUGCGCUGCUAUCUCCCACCCGGCUGAUGUCCUAGUCAGCAAGUUGAACGCCAACCGCCAGGCCGGCGAGGGCUUCGGAGCUGCUGUCGCGCGAAAUUACAGAGAUAUCGGAUUCGUGGGUCUAUGGAACGGUCUGCCGGUUCGUAUUGUCAUGAUUGGUACUUUGACUGGUCUCCAGUGGAUGAUUUACGACUACUUCAAGAUGUUCAUGGGCUUCCCGACAACGGGCGGAUCCGCGCCCCCAGAGGAGAAGAAAUGAACGAAAUAAACCGAUGGUGUGGUGGGGGGUAAGUUGACAUGUUCGUGACGUUUACCAAGUGGCUUAGUUACUUGACCCGAUUCUUCCAAUGCA